UGUGGGGAAUCCCGGUUUCUGUUUCUUGCAGCCACUGAGAUACGCUGCCAGGAGAAGUCGCGCGGCGGCCUUAGCUAUGAGGUCAUCCUGGCCGAGCCGGCACCCAAUGUGGCUGUGCCCAAGCGACCCGUUACACCGGGCAAGAAUGUCAGCGUCGAGGAGAUUGAGCAGAAGCUAAAGGCAGCCGAGGAGCGUCGCAUUUCCUUGGAGGCACGCAAGAUGGCCGAGAUCUCCAUUAAGCUGGCCAAGGUGGAGGAAGCUACACGCAAAAAGGAUGAGAUCACCAACGAGUUCAUCACUCAGACCAAGGAGCAGCUGGAGACCAAGAUGGAGACUCACGUGGAGAAGCGCGAGGCCAUCAUCAGCGACAUGAAGGAGAAACUAAAGAUUCAUGCUCAGGAGAUUGAGAAGACGCGCGAGACUUUGGAGCAGCAAAAGGCCAAUGAGCAGAAGGCCAUUGAGGAGAAGUUGAAGACAGCUCAGGCUUUGCGCGAUGAGAACAUCAAGAAGAUGUUGAAUCGUCUCAAGGAGCACGUAAGUUGCUUUAUUAUCUAAGUAAGGUAUAAAU